UGUGUUUUGGUGCCAAGGAGUCAAGGUCCCAAGAGCGAUGGGGAUUGGCAGAAAAGUCAGGAAAGGGUUGGGAAGGUUAUGUUGCUUCGGAAGCUGCCCGGAUGUGUUGGACGACGAACCAGGGUCUUUUUUCAGAUUGCUCAAGGAGGAAGCAACUUCCACCAAGGAUACCAGCACCCAAAACUUGACCUCAGAUUUGGAAGGGUUUCUGCCUUCAUCAGAAAGAAAAGAGAGUCCAAAAGAACCUUCCACCAAAGAAGCCAGCACUCACAUGUUGGCUUCAGAUUUGGAAGCCCUUCUGCCAUCCUUGGAAAGAAAAGAGAGGCCAGAAAAAACUUCCAUCAAGGACACCAGCACUCAAACUUUGGUGUCAGAUUUGGAGGCCCUUCCACCUUUGUUGGAAAGAAAAGAGAUGCCCCAAGGAACUUCCAUCAAGGAAGCCAGCACUAAGACUGUGAUGUCUGAUUUGGAGAUGCUUCCACCUUCACCGGAAGUAGCUGACCAGGUCUUGGAGAGCGGGGACAGUGAAGAGAGACACCCUUCAACCCCUUGUGAAAGACCUCAGGAGCCAGAAGAACCUGACCGUGGCGAGUGCACUAAUCAAAGGCGUGCUGCUUUGGAUGCGAAACUUCGCUCGUCCUCAGGAAAGGAAAUUCUGCAUCGUAUUUGUCAGCAAAUGCCCAAUUAUGUCCCCCAAAUAGCCCUGGAAAUGGCAAACAUUCUGGCAGUAAACCAUCUGGACCUUGUGAUAGACCAUUUUUUUGAGUCCUCUGAAAAGGACUGUGAGCGCAUGGCACAUGCUGUGUUGUGUUCACCCCUCUGUGAUGUGGAUAAGGCAAUACGUAUUUUUCUGUGCAAAGUGACUAAAUGCUCUUGUAUGUUUCAAGAGACAGAAGAGCAGGUCAAGGCGAUCAGAGCUGUCGGCAUGAUUAUCAAACAUCACAGCAACGUCAACAAGUUAAAGUCCUGGGCCCCACAUUUCUUUGCUGCCUUCUGGUAUGCCAUGGUUGUUGCAAACCGAAAAAUCAAGGAGGAGGAGACCAGCGGGAGCUCCGGAAGCUACCCAUCUCCACAAGAAAUCACGGAGAUUGUUACAACCCUGUUUGAGAGAACGGAGAUGAUGCACAUAGUAACAUAGCCUUGUCAUCCAUGGUGAGCCUGGAUCUCCUCAGUCUCUCUCUCUGGGCCUUGGCUUCCCCUGAGGUGCAGUGGUCCCUUCACCCCAAAGUAAAGCGCUUUUU